UUGUUUUCGGACGUCAGUUUACUACUUCUCGAACGAAAAACAUGGCGGCAUCCAGCGCUGCAGGAUGUUCAACUUCUGCCAACGCUAAUGAUGAUAUACCUACGUAUGAGUACAUAGAUAUAAACACCAAGCCAUUUCACGUAGCUACCUUUGAAAAUUUGUGGAAACAAACUCUGAAUCCUAAGUAUUACUCUAUCCGAGAUGUACACCAGGAAACGGAUGAAGAAUUUGCUGAAGAUAUCGGAAUCCCUCCAGGAACAGUCGAAGAGCUCAAAGUUAUCUGCAACCCAGAUACAUUAAGAUGUCACCCCGAAAAUCAGCCUCCGGAUACAGACGUGGUGCCCGCAGACCCUGGGUUGAUGACCUUACGGAUGAGGAAACGAAGGCAAGAUUAUAGGGAGACCCUCAUUCGAGCUCAAACCUGCAGGCAAGACCUUUAUGCAGCUGAGCUGGAGAAUCUGGCGAUAGGUAAAAAACCUGUAGAUCCGGAGGACCUGCUGCCGGAGGGGGAGAUCAUCCUGAGCGUCAACGUCCUGUUCCCAGUCAUAACUGAGAGGUUUAAGCAUUUCAAGGCGCGCCAGAACCUCCAGGUGCUGGGGUCUCAGAAGCUGACGGACCUGCGGGACGCCAUCUGCUGUCUGAGCGACCUGCAGGUGUGCGGGGAGUUCAGCGACACGCCGGACAUGGCGCCCGAGUUCAUCAGCAAGGAUCUCUUCAAGUCUGCCUUCCUCUUCCUGGGGGGAAUUUUUUACAAUGACAUGCGAUACCCAGAGUGCAAAGAUCUGAGCCAGACAGUUCGGGAAUGGGCAGAGUCUCACGAUAUGCCCACGUUCCAGACUGCAAAGAUGGAGGAGACGACGUUCCGGGACCUGAAGCUCAAAGUCGGAUACCCCUACCUGUACUGCCACCAGGGCGACUGUGAGCACGUGGUCCUCAUCACAGAUAUCAGACUGGCACACCGGGACGACUGCCUGGACCUGAAGCUCUACCCCCUCCUCACCUACAAGCAUAGGAUGAUCAGCCGAAGGUGUGCGGUCUGCAACCUGUACAUCAGCAGGUGGAUGACCACCAACGACAGCUUCGCGCCGACAGACCCCUGCCUGUUCUGCGACAUCUGCUUCCGGAUGCUUCACUACGACCCCGAGGGGAAAAAGCUGGGGGACUUCCAGGCCUUCCCGUACGUGGACCCCGGCGCCUUCAACUGAGCCCCCCCCCCCACCCUCACCUGGCUACUGAAUGUCGCUAUGGUUACCUGGCGCCAGCGCACGAAUGCUACUUUGCACGUGCUUCUCCCGGGCUGAUGAGAGGGAUGGCCAACGCAGUUACCAAUGCUGAGAGGAUUUCCACGGUAACAAUGGUGGUUUGGUCAAAGAUUGUGUUGAUCUCUCAAGAUCCACCAACGAGCCGACUGGAAGAGGAGCACGGCCAGUUUUGCUUUACCCAGCACCUUUUCACAGUGUUAAAAUUCACACGUUUGGGGUCUUGAGUUUUGCUUAGACUAUACUUAUUUUGGCAGUUCCAUUUUCCGUAAAAACUUUGAGUGUAUGAUUCUGAACAGUAUUUUUGAGUAUUUUUUUAUUAAAUUAAACUUUUUUCAAUAUUAAACUUUUGCAUCAGAUGUAAUUUGUCAGGCAGAUGUAUAACUUUAUUUCUGAGAAUUCUGAAACCGACUUUUCACAUUCCCAUCGAGUGUUUUUGGAUUUAGGAAAUUUACGUAGAAACUGCAGAUGUUACUGGAUAAUCAACUGACACACUUUUUGUAUCCACACUGGCUGAUGAGGUUCCCAGCUAACAGAAAAUGUUCUCACAAUGUUACUGGAAUGUUUUGUCAAUGUUAUAGCCAUUGCCACUACAUGGCAGCAACAUCGUGAGAACGUUUUGUGUUAACUGGGUUAGCAUGUCCUGGUGUUUUCAGUACACAUUCAACUUUCAGGAACCGAUAAAGGCCACUUAAUAAAGUAUAUUGGAGCA